AAAAUUGACAAAUCGACAGAAAACUUGAGAAAAUUUUCAUGUUUGGAGUUAGGAUGUUAAGAGAAAUUAAGAAUAUUUUUUUCAUGUAAAGUAGCAACUGGCAACCUCAUCAAAAUACCUGACUGUUAAAAAGCCCAUCACAUGCACUAGCAUCACUGUUAGAUCAUCAAUCAAUCAAUGGAGGGUAGAGAGACCCUUCAGUUGACAUGCAACACUUGUGGCAAUGUAGGCUUUGCGGAUGGAUUGGAUGGCUACUAUUACUGCCAGAAUUGUGGGGCCCAGGCUGAGGACAUCAUAGAAACUGGUGUUGCAGAUGAGGACUUCAUGGCUACCGGUGCUGGCACGGGUACUGCCCUUUACCAGACUAGCCACACCCGCCAUGGUGCCAAAUCUCGGCCAGUGACUCAAUUUGUCCCCCUCUCACAACAGUCAACUUUCUGGUCCCCGCUGUUUGAAGAACCAAAAUCCACCACAAAUGACGAUAACAAUACUCCUGGUCCUCAGAAUAUUUAUAAAGUUAAGAGAGAAGAGGUGUAUUAUGAGGAUGGUGUUGGACCCACGGAGCCUGAGGAUUUCGGUUUGGGUUCAGAUCUAGGAGAGAGUCAGGCAGGGUAUGAGGAUUAUCAUUUUGAAGUGAGGAUGAAGUAUGUCAUGGGGGUGCAGUUGAUGAUUCAGUUACAAUGUGAGGCUUUGGUGGAAAAGUUUACUCUUUCUCCUUUGAUUUGCGGGGUGGCUGGGUCAAUAUGGUUGAGGUUUCUUGCAUCAACGGGAGUUCUCCAUGAAGACUGGGCUGAUAUUGCGAUUAAUGAAUCUGAGAGUCAAAAACAAGGAGAAUCUGAAGAUUUUAAACUUCGUGCGAAAUAUAGACAAGAGCCUCACAACUUACAUGGUCAGAGAGCAGUAAUGAUAUGGUAUAGGUUGUUGAGACGGAAGAUACCAUUAUCUUGCUCUUUAGCUGUAUCUUUUUUAGCUUGUCAUGUUGCAAGGGAAACAGUUUUGCCAACAGACAUAGUGAAGUGGUCAAUUGAAGGAAAACUUCCAUAUUUUGCUGCUUUUGUUGAAAUCGAAAAACGAUAUGGGCAGCCUUCAGUUGCCUGUUCUAUAAGUACUAGUCAUAUGUUUAGACCUUCUAAAGCUGUUGCUGUACAAAAGUUGGAAUCAUUGGCUGCAUCCAUUGCUGAGUCUAUAGGUUUACAUUUACCUCCAAUAAACUUCUAUGCCAUUGCCUCCCGCUAUCUCAAAAAGUUAUCUCUUCCUGUAGAGAAGAUUCUUCCUCAUGCGUUAAGAAUACAGGAGUGGUCAAUGCCUCCAGAUUUGUGGUUAUCAACAAAUGAGUUGAGGCUUCCUACUCGUGUUUGUGUAAUGUCAAUACUGAUUGUAGCUAUCAGAAUUCUCUAUAAUAUAAAUGGUUUUGGGGCAUGGGAAAGGAGCCUGUCCAGUCGUAAUGUUUCCUGUUCAGCAUCUAUCCCUGGAGAAAAAAUGGAUCCUGAGUGUCAUUUCCAAAGGAGAGAUGUUGAAGACAAUUCAGUUUCUUCAUCCAACACCUUUGAUGAUUCCGGUGCACAAUCUAGUAAGAGUCCAUCACAGUUUAAGGAACCUGGAUUGGAUGCCGAAGAGCUUCUCUAUAAUCUGGAAGCUAGAUAUAAUGAUAUCAUUGACACCUAUGAAUAUUCCAAGGACUUGCCAACAUAUCUGCAAUAUUGCAAGGAUGUUGUCUUUGCUGGACUAGAACCACCGCAUGAUGAUCAUGAGGAAACAAGGAUGAUUGAGCAAUUUUGGAAUUUCUAUCAGGAUGAAAUGGAAUCUCAGCCAGCAGAAGACAUUGGAAUGAGAUUUGAUAUUGUUAUUAACCAAAAGAGACCAAGGGAUGAUAGAUCUCUCAACAUUCACUUUAAGGAAAACAAAAAAACCAGAGACAAAGGAUGUAACGGUACACCAGCUGCUCAUUAUGGAACCUUUCUUGGAGAUGAUAAUUCACAGAAGGAUUUAACAGAUGAUAACUCUUUGCAAAGUUCAAAAGGAGAUCCAAAUUCAGAAUCCAAUGAUAAAGCUUCAGUAGAGACUCUAAAAGAAAGAGCCAUAAGACGGUUGAAAUUAGAUAUGGAAGAGAAAAGGUUUUGUUAUAUUCCACCAAGGGUCAAACUCAAGAGACUCGAUUACCUUUACUAUGUGAGGAAGAAGGAUGAAGGUGCCUUUACAUAUGCUGCACAUGCAGAUUAUUACAUAUUGCUUCGUGCUUGUGCAAGGGUUGCCCAGGUUGACAUUCGAAUUAUGCAUUUCGGAGUCUUGAGUUUUGAGAGGAGACUAGCUUGGCUGGAAAAUAGAAUCGAUCACUGCUUGCAUUUGUGCCCUCCUAGUGUUACUUGUGAGUUUUGUGGUGAUGUAGUAGAAGUUACUGCAGAUGACCCCAAUUGUAAUAUAGAAUCUCAGCCAGCAGAAGACAUUGGAAUGAGAUUUGAUAUUGUUAUUAACCAAAAGAGACCAAGGGAUGAUAGAUCUCUCAACAUUCACUUUAAGGAAAACAAAAAAACCAGAGACAAAGGAUGUAACGGUACACCAGCUGCUCAUUAUGGAACCUUUCUUGGAGAUGAUAAUUCACAGAAGGAUUUAACAGAUGAUAACUCUUUGCAAAGUUCAAAAGGAGAUCCAAAUUCAGAAUCCAAUGAUAAAGCUUCAGUAGAGACUCUAAAAGAAAGAGCCAUAAGACGGUUGAAAUUAGAUAUGGAAGAGAAAAGGUUUUGUUAUAUUCCACCAAGGGUCAAACUCAAGAGACUCGAUUACCUUUACUAUGUGAGGAAGAAGGAUGAAGGUGCCUUUACAUAUGCUGCACAUGCAGAUUAUUACAUAUUGCUUCGUGCUUGUGCAAGGGUUGCCCAGGUUGACAUCCGAAUUAUGCAUUUCGGAGUCUUGAGUUUUGAGAGGAGACUAGCUUGGCUGGAAAAUAGAAUCGAUCACUGCUUGCAUUUGUGCCCUCCUAGUGUUACUUGUGAGUUUUGUAGUGAUGUAGUAGAAGCUACUGCAGAGGACCCCAAUUGUAAUAUAGUAGAUGUUCCAAUUGAAUUAUCAACUUUGAAUAAAUGACAUGAGUAAGUUAUAUUUAUAAUGAGCUUAUAUUUUAUUAUUGUUUUA